AUGGUGAGAAGGUUUGAUCAACCACAAAGGUACAAACCAUUUGUCAGCAGGUGCGUUGUGCAAGGGGACGAUCUUGAAAUUGGGAGUGUGAGAGAAGUGAAUGUUAGGUCAGGUCUUCCAUCUACCACCAGCAAGGAGAGGUUAGAGCUUCUAGAUGAUGAGGAGCACAUCUUUGGCGUAAAGAUUGUUGGUGGAGAUCACCGGCUCAGGACAGCAUUUAAACCUGAAACUUGCAGUGUUCAGCAUUCAUUAAUGCCACCAUUGCUUAUUCAAAUGCCUUCGCGUGCCUUCUUGGUCUGGUGUGGUCAUACUAGGAGCGACGGGAUUAGGAAUGAGGUUAUUCAGGAGAAGGUAGGAGUAGCUCCUGUGACAGACAAAAUGAGGAAAGCGAGACUGAGAUGGUUUGGACAUGUGCGAAGGAGGUGUGUUAACGCCCCAGUGACGAGUGCGAGAGGAUGGUUGUAG